GUAAUUUUUUUUUUUUCUUUGACAUCCAAACUUGCCUUUUAGGCGUCAUAAAAACUACAUCCAAGACCACAAAACGUAACCUAAGGUACCAUAGCUCGAGUGCAGGGCUAGGUUUGGGCCACGACCACAACUGAGCCAGGCCAGACUCUAUUUUAUUUAACAAGGCCCAACCUGGUAGGGCUAGAACGGGCCCACGGUCCGAGACCCAGGCCUUAGGUUCGGCCCGGCUUAGGGGCUAGGCCAGUUCUUUUUAAGUGUUCAGAGGAUAUUGCGGCCCCCCUCCGACUUGCACACGUGUCACUGUGCCAUUGGCUGGUUGCCCAACCCUACAAAUUACGCAAUUCAAUAAAAAAUUUAAGACAAACGGUACGUACCUCUCUCUCCCUGCAUGCCGCAAUCGUGUCUCAUCGCACAGCUCCACUCUCCAUCUGCAGCCACCAGACCUUCCUUUCUCUCUCUCUCUAAACCUAGGGUUUCUUCUUUCUCUUUCUAUAACAUUGCCUCAUCUCUGAAACUUCAUCUUGUUUUCUUGUUCUUGAGAGAGGAAUGGGGCGAAGCAAGAACCAGAGGAACCCUGUGAAUGUGUUGUUUGGAUGGGUCAGACGGCAAUCUGUUAAGGUUAAGUCCUUUUUGGGCGUGACCGCUGCUCUUUUUUCCCUAUUUUUCUUGUGGCUCCUGGUUCGCGACCAUGAUCACUUGUUCGUGGCUGCUGAAAUCGUUCAUGCAAUUGGGAUCGUGGUCCUCAUCUAUAAGCUCACCAGGCAAAAGACUUGUUCUGGCCUUUCAUUGAGGUCACAGGAACUCACUGCUAUAUUUCUAUCGGCAAGAUUAUUCUGCAGCGUUUUCUUGGAACAUGACAUUCAUACUGUUCUUGAUACUGCUACUCUGAUCGCUACUCUUUGGGUUGUCUAUAUGAUACGAUACAAGUUGAACACAACCUACAACAGGGAACUGGACAACUUGCCAAUACAUUAUAUGGUCGCUGCUUGCGCAUUGCUUGCUUUGUUCAUCAAGCCUUAUACUAUACAUUACGUCCUCGACAGGUUUCUUUGGGCAUUUUGUGUAUAUCUGGAAUCUGUCUCAGUGUUGCCCCAGCUUCACAUGAUGCAGAAAGCAAAGAUGGUUGAACCAUUUACUGCUCACUAUGUAUUUGCAUUGGGUGUUGCAAGAUUUUUUGGCUGUGCUCAUUGGAUCUUUCAGGUGAUAGCGACAGGGGGCAGGUAUAUUUUUCUCAUUGGAAGUGGCUACUUCUGGCCCCCGAUGGUUCUCUUGGCCGAGGUUGUUCAGACCUUCAUUUUGGCAGACUUUUGUUAUUACUAUGUCAAGAGUGUGAUGGAUGGUCAAUUAUUGGUGAGGCUUUCUUCAAUGGUUUAAAGGCUGGAACCAGAUAUGCUAAGGUUAUUAAUAUAUAUAUACUGCUUCAAAAGUUGUUAUUUUGUGGCACACUAUGUUGCUUUAUUUAAAAUCAGUGAUGCUAAGAAGAAUUCUUUGUUUU